UGCCACACCAAACUGCAAGGAAAUGUCACCAGUUGAAGCAGAAAUUUAUAGACAUUACUAAGUCUUAGGUCAGGUGUCAUGUCCUAGCCUUAAAGAAAAACAAAUAUUUUCCUCAUUUAAACCUUGACCUCUGACCUUCAAGAAGGAUGGAGAAUGAUAACCACUCCAACAGGAAUGAUGUGUGGACACCACCAGAGUCUACCCAGGGACCACGCUACCCACAGGAAGUGGGUGUGGCCUUUACUUCAGGGUCAGUGUCUUAUGCUGCAUCAGCAUCCUCAGCAUAUGCUUCAUCAUCUGCGACAUCAACACGAGUCUCAGCUCCAAAUUACUCACGGCUCCAAUAUGGUGCACCGUAUUCCCAAAACAGGGUGCCAUUCGCAGAUGCUUAUAUUUCCGCAUCAGACCCCCAGGUGUACCAAGCUCCUCAGUCAUCAUACGAGCGUAUUUCUCCAGUCACUGAAUACAGAGAGAUACGAGAGGUGCCUACAGGUAGCGAUCCUAUUUCCUCGUACUCCGGGAUGCAGGCAGAGGCAUCAGGCAUGUUAGCAGCUCCAUCGGUUGACAGCAGCACACUUGGUCCAGGGUACAGUGUUUCCCAUGUUGUCAUGAAUUCUGAUCAUCAACGAGUGAUGACGGUACAGAGAGUUAUCUCCCCUGUGGAUUGUACUGUUAGCCAAUCAGCAGUGAGCAUGUCUACCCAGGACCAACAGCACCAGCAACAGACACACACUAUCCUGGCACCUGUGACAAGUGUCCCACGGUAUCCUGUAGGACAUGUGACAUCAAUGCCAUCAUACUCCCACAAUGAGGCUGUGUCUAGUACAGGAGGCCCACCACUUAUGGCUCAUGGACACGGCAAUCACAUUGUGGAAAGAGAGCAAGACAAUGGCAUCUCGUCCAUCACUGGUCCUCCAACACAGGAACGGCGCAUGAUACCACCUGCUCCACGCAAGACUACACACGAGACCAUUAGUGGUGAACCUGAUACUACACAAGAUGAUGGGGAGGAAUUUCAAGCGGUGAGGAACUACAUAGUAGAUACAUCUCCAAAUCUGGAUGAUGCUGAACUCCACUCGACUAUGAAUCAGUCCCACCAUCCGACCUCUGACCUUAUGGAUCACAAUCACCAGAUUAACUCGUCACACUUGUCCAGUAGUCUUCACCAUCCCAUGGCUCAGACUAGGAUGGACAAUGUCCAGGACCGAUCCAUUGUCGACAGCUCUGGAAUAGGGUCUUCGUCUAUUGUUGAUGGGCAAUCUAACAUGAUGAGUGUAGCUACUUUACAGCGCCUUGGUACAUCCCUCGUCCCCAGCAUUGACCCGGAGAAAGACAUGACAGACAUGGAAAUGGUCCCUACACCAAGUAGUUCCCAAAUGCAGAUAAGAAAGUCGUCCCGGAUAGCUGAGCUGGAAAAUGAAACAUCACACUGGCAUCAUAGACCCACAUACAACCCUAAACCCUACAAUCCUAACAGUCUAUGGUGCGAGGAGUGUAUGACAACUUACGACCCAUUUUGUCCCAUGCAUAGAUUACAGAUCAUACCAGAUAAGGUUGUUCUCUCCCGUGCUUGGGCCAGCUUACCUCCAAUGUUACAGAUCUUUCGACUAAGUGAGGUCAAUCAGUACCCUGCAGAUCCUCCUCAUGUAGGUGUGUUUGCCAAACGUCCCUUGUCCAAGCAGACUCAGUUUGGUCCAUACAUCGGGGACCUGGUUUCUAAUCGAGAGAGUGUAGGGUCUGCCCGAUUUCUUCUGCUGCUUGAAAAAACAGGAGGGGACAUGAUGUAUUUUGAGACAAGUGAUGAAAAUAAGUGCAAUUGGAUGAUGUUUGUGAGGCCAGCUGAGAGUUAUGCAGAACAAAAUAUGGUAGCCUAUCAGUAUGGCCAAGACAUCUACUUUACUGUGACAAAACAUAUAGAAGCUCGCGGGGAGCUCAAGGUAUGGUAUGCCUCUCACUAUGCUGAACGGUUUGGUCUACAGACCCUGGAGAUCACAGACCAGGAUUUACAAACUCUAGAUCAACAGGAGUAUAAAUUUCAGUGCUAUGACUGCUCCAAACGCUUCAAAACAUCUUUGGCGCUUCAAAGACACAUCAUCUUGACACAUGACACAGUAGGCCCAGCAGAGGAAUCCCCUGAACCCAGCACAAGUGAGACCCCAAAAGGGAAGUCGUACUCCUCACUCUGCCAGGGAUACCUCAAAAGGAGGGGACGGCCUCCCAAAAAGGACCUGGAUACCACUGGCUACAUGUGGAAGAAGAAAUCAACAAGUAUUUACUUAAACAAGACAUUGAAGAAGUACCAGCGACGUCAUGAUCCAGAAGCAAUUCGACGUACAAUUCAGUCAUUGUAUCGCAAGAAAGGUAAAGAAUCUGGUGGACAGGAAUGGGUCUGUGUACACUGUGAUUUGACCUUCGACAACUCCAACCUUCUGAAUCUCCACACACUCACCCAUGCUGCUGAGGAUGUUGGCUUAGAUGAGGUCAGAAAGUUUGCUUAUGGUGUUACAGACAAUGGUUCUGUAUCAGAGGGAGGUGGGCUAGAUGACAAUGUUGUCAGUAUCGAUUCUAGCACACUAGCGUGUCCUGUGUGCCAUGCACAGUUUGUGGAACAGAGAGCACUUAUUGAACAUGCUGCUGAACAUGGUACAACAAAACGCAGAAGUGAACGAGAUCGCCCGCAUAAAUGUGACAAAUGCUGGAAAGCAUUCCACACCCAGGAAACAUUGCAACGUCAUAUGUUGUGUCAUGGUGAUGAAGACUCCAAACCACUUCAGUGCGAUGUCUGUUUCAAACGCUUCAUGAACAAUUCUGCUCUCUCCUGUCACCUGAAGACCCACAGUGACAAGAAGUAUUAUGAAUGUCCAAUCUGUCAUCAAGGGUUCGAUCACACUGCCACUAUGAAGGAGCAUGUCGUUGAACAUGCCCAGGAUGGUGUCUAUACAUGCCCUGACUGUCAUAAACAGUUCACUGACUUUAUAUCUCUUCGUAAGCACAUUCGUGGCUUCCACACUAACAAGGAAUUCCCCUGUCCUCACUGUGACAAGGUCUUCCCACGUCCUGACAAGCUCAAACUCCACAUGCUUCGCCAUUCUACGCACCGAGAGUUUAUGUGUGAGACAUGUGGUCGCCAAUUUAAAAGGAAAGAUAAACUGAAGGAACACAUUAGACGCAUGCAUUCACUCGAGCGUGAAGUUAAAAUGGCAGGCAAAAACAGGUCAUCAAAGAAGAAAUUUAUUCCUAAAGUCUCGCCAUCAGAUUAUCACCGAUUUAUUUAUAAAUGCCAUACUUGUAUGCAUGGAUUUAAACGCCGCGGGAUGUUAGUAAAUCACUUAGCAAAACGUCACCCUGAUGUCAAACCUGAGACAGUACCAGAGUUAAAUUUGCCAAUCCUGAAAACUCAAAAAGAUUACUAUUGCCAAUACUGCGAAAAAGUGUAUAAGUCCAGCUCAAAACGAAAGGCUCACAUUAUCAAGAACCAUCCUGGGGCAGACCUUCCCAUGAGUAGCAGAAAGAAAUCAACAGUUCCAGAAUUCCCGGGAUUACCUAAUCCUACGUAUUCUCAGACAGUAGGUAGUAUCACCACUAUGCCCCAUUCUUGUGAGUUCUGCCACAAACAAUAUGCCAGCAAAGCUAAGCUAACCCAGCACCAGAGAAAGAAACAUCCAUUUGCUGUCCCACCGCUGCCGCCAAAGAUGGGCAAAGAGGGUCAACAAGCACAGCCUGACCCCCAGCCUAGUCAGGAUGGAAUGAUCACACAGGUGGUUAGGUAUGACCAGGACACAGUGAUCGCAAUACAGCCCCAUCCUGGUCAAGACGGUCAACCAGCUGACCUGCUGACUCAAGCAAUGAGUGAAUUGACCCAAUCCCUCCAGCAGGAGUACCGUCAGAUGGGAGAAAUUCAGCUUCAGCGUGUUGGUGCAGGUGCACCUACAAUGGUGACUGUGCAGACCACACCCCUUCAGCACUCAACCAUAGAGCUCAGUCACUUGAGCCAAGCCCUGCCCCAAGGCAUCACAUUGGCUGGGCCAAUACAGAUGGCUGUAGCUACUCAGAGUAUCCCUGCUGCUGCCUCCGAUAAUGAAAUCCAGUCCGCACAAGUACUGACAUCGCAGAACGUGGCGGUCUCGCAGCAGCAGCAACAACAACAGGUGGUAAAUGCACCUCAGACCAUUGUGGUCAGUGGAGCCCCAGGUCAGACUAUCCCAGUCUCCUUGCCUACUGGAUUUAUACCAAGAUCAUGGACAAACUUUAAUUAGAGGUCAUUGUCCAUGAUACAAUCACCUACAAACUUCAAUUGUUUUGGCUUCAUUUUAUUAACAGAAGGAAAUCUGGUCUUCUUUGCCGACCUGGAGAUACUUCAGACUGGCAUUAUCAGCCCAGAUAAGUCUAUCUUAAGCUCGCAACUAGAAUCAUACAAUUUGACAAACGUAUGCAUUCUCGUUAAAACUACGUUAUUGCAUUGUCUUAUUAACAGUAUAACAUAAAUCUUGCAUUCAUUGUGUCUGACGUUCAUCUUGGACAGGGGAUAAAACAUUAAUGUUCUUUUCAUUUGUACGUCAGGGGUGGUAAUCAUGUAUUUGAUCUCAGAUUCUUCUGACUUUUCUUAAUUCAUUCUUUCGAAAGUUCCUGAUAAGCAUCCUGAAACAUACUUGUAUCGCAGGUAAAGGUAAUUUAUAAUGUAAACAGUAUCUGUUUUGUCUGAUUCAGGAUAAUUCGUGUUCAUAAACUGAAUCAUGGAUAGAUUGCAAAGUGUAAUCAACAUGUGUUGGAUAAAAGGAUAAUACUGAAAUCAUGCAUCAUUUGCCUUGGAAAUAGUGAACUGCUGCGUAGAAGGUUUAGGAAAUUGUUAACUUAUUUAUCGGAGGAAAAGUAAUAUCAAACUGCGUCCCUUUUGUGUGGGCAUGAGAUUUCAGUUUAGUGAAAUAUAUUCUUUUCGUUACAAUGGCAUUGUAUCGAUUAGAUAGUACCGUCAUACAAGGUACUCUCUUGUAUGAAGAUAAUAAAAUAACAUCAAUCACCAUGAUUCUCGUAAAUUUUCUCCAAUCUAUAUUUUUGCAAGGAAUGCAUAUCCUUUAUUUUUUGUGUUUCUGUAUUCGAAGAUUGUUGUUACUAUAAUUGUUAUGUAUAUUUCAUUUCGUUUCUUACUUUGAGUUUAAAGAUUUAAUAAUUUAAAUAAUGGGUAGAGAAUAUUCGAUUUCACUUCAUUUUUCGUCAGAUGAGAUAUAUACAGAAAAUAAUUUGUUGGGGAUUACAAAUACUCCAAGCAUAUCUACGGAAGAAAUUGUACUAGUUCUGUCAGCUACUUUGACAGAAAGUGCAGUUAAUAACCUUUUAGAUGGUUUUAUAAUUCACAUUUGAAAUUAUCACGGUUUCUAUUUUCAUUUUUGACCUAAUAAGACUGAAGUAACAGUGGAAUCAUAAUCAUUUUGAUUUUUUUUUCUGAUAUAAUUUUCCAAUACUGAUUCGUAAAAUAGACUUUGUCUACCGGGCAGUGAAUUGCAAUUGGCGGAUGAUCAAAAUUCCUUAAAAACAGUUUAUUUUCAUAUGGUUUUACAUUAUAACACGCCUACUUAUCGCAAUAUUUGAACAAGUGAUUUGUUCAUUAUAAAACACCAAGAAGACUUAUUGUUGAGUGAUAUAUAUUUGUUUAAUGAUACCACAAUGGUAUACAUUUAGAAACCUUGUUGGUUUAUGUGUAAAAUAGAAGCUUGACAAAUUGGAUUCUGUGUAGCAUGAUUCUGGAAACUUGAUUUCUGUCUACAGCAGAACCUUAGUAGUGCAAAGAAUUACGGUUAAUAAAGCAGAACCUUGCUUGUCAGAACACUUCAUUCUGAAUACUUUGGUUUUUGUGAUUAAUGUAACCUUUGUAGUCUGAACUCUUACGUUUGUGCAGUAAAACCGCCUUAGUCUGGACACAUUGGUUUGUGUGUAUAGUAGAAACCUGUUAAUCUUCAUAUUUCGGUUUCUGUGUACAACAAAAUCUUGUUUUUGUGAACACUUUGGGCAUCGUGUACAAUGAAUUUGUUAUUGUAUUCUGAGAGUAUUAGUACUACAUCAUAUGAUUUUGUUUUAAGGUAUAAAGCUCUAACCAGGACAAUAUCAUACAGAUUUAUAUUAUUUUCCAUUGACUUGCAUCACUACAAACAAAAACAAUCUAAAUAUUCAAAUUAGAUAUAAAUUGUCUGUGUGCUUUUUUGUUAACUAGACCUUUAAGGUGUUGUUGUGUUUUUUUUGUUUUGUUUUUUUUAAGUAGUUAUUCUCGGAAUGUAUAUGAAAAGUAAAAUACUUCUUUGUUUGUUAGCGCCUUAAUUAAUCAAUGAUGUUUGAAAUUUAAAUUGAGAUUUUUGCUGUUUAAGCCUAAAGAAUUUUUCUUUAUAAAUAAUGUGAUUGUUAUAAUGCUUCCUUUUUUCCAUAAAUGUGACCUUCUGAGUUUGCGUUCACAACGUUCUAUACGUUUUACUUCUAUGUUGUACAAUCAGACACUUGAUCCUGGUAUAUAUAACACUUCAGUCGCAGACGAAAAUAUUGUAGCUGCUGCUAAUAAGAUAUGUUUUAUUAAAUGUAUCCGAAGAUAAUGAUUUUUAAGAUUUUUUGAAACAUACAAAGUAUGUUGAAAAUGUUAUACAACUUGCAUUCAUGUUGGAUCCUAUUUAUUCUUUGUGAUGUCCCAGUAUUAAUCAUGUAGUUUUUUCAAUA